AUGAGUGGUUUUGUAGACAACUACAUGAUCUGGAAUAAACAUGGUGAAGAAGAACAACCUCAGAGAGAGAAUUCAAUCGAUGAAAUAAUGCAAGAGCCCGAGUUUAAUAUAUUGUUUGAUGCCUUUGAUGAUGCUGGCUGUGAGGAUGAAGGUGUUGGUGGUGGUCAUUUUGAUGGUGUCGACGGGAGUCCAAUAGAUCUUGGCAGUGAUAAUGAUAGCGAUGAACUUGAUAAUGGUGAUUUUCUGAGCCAGUUGUUGUGUCACACUAAAGCGGAGCUAUUGGUUGGUAGUGCUAAGGGGUUAGAAAAUUUUGAGACGGUGAAGAAAUCAGCAGAGGAAAAUAUAUAUGAGCGGUCUAAAGGAUGUCCGAAACACUGGACCAUUCUUCGUUUUGUACUUGAGCUGUUGACUCUAAAGGCUAAGCACAGCUGGUCAGAUAGUAGUUUCAAUGAUCUCCUGGGUAUGUUGGCCUGGUUGCUUCCGAAGCCAAAUAAAGUGCCUGUGAACACAUAUCGAGCAAAGAAGCUUGUCAGCCCGUUCACAAUGGGUGUGGAAAGAAUUCAUGCAUGCCCGGAUCAUUAUAUUUUGUAUUGUGGGGAUGCUUUCAAAGACUUGGACAAAUGCCCUGUAUGUUCUGCAAAUAGGUACAAAAACAGUGCUGGUUAUUGUGGCAGCGAUAAUCAAGGUCCAGGAGACAUGAACAAAAGGAAGAGGAAGGGUGCAGCGAAUAGUGUUGCAGAGGCACCAGAUACUACUUUAGGCAUCUCUGAGAAGCAGAGGCGAAUUCCGACGAUGGUUAUGUGGUACCUCCCAGUUGCCGACCGCCUAAGACGUUUCUUCUCCAACCCAAAGGAUCCUGAGCUGAUGCGCUGGUGGGAUUCAGAUAAGCGCAAGAAAGACGAUGGAAAGCUUCAACAUCCAGCUGAUGCUCGGCAGUGGAAGAAAUUUGACGAGCAGUAUUAUCUGGAAUUUGGAAAGGACCCAAGGAAACGUUAG